ACGGAAUGACGUAAAUUAACGAGCUAGAAGGAGACGAAACGUAUCAGCGCCGCGGGAACGCGCACGGUUCAACAUUUGCCUCUUGCGCUUAUACACGUAUUUUCAGUCGUUUCAGUAACGCGCCAACCGUCGCGCCGCGUCCGCGCUAUCGGAUGUGAAAAGUUUGCCCAGUUUUAUUAUUUUUUUCUUUAUUUACUAUUUAUUUUUCACACCGCGUGCGUAGCGCACUUAACGCUCUCGGAAUCGAGUCGACGAACUCUUUCAAUUUCGGUUCCUCCUGCCCGCGAUUUUCCAUCGCGGAAUAAAUUCACUGCCACGCAAUUGCACGAACGUCUCACCGUCAAACCUUGCUCGAUCGCUACGAGUAAAUAAACAAAUCAACGAAAUUCGUUCGUUCUCAUUUUCACUCUGAUAUAUCGUUUGCAUAAACGUACGUACAUGUACGUGAGAUAUUAACGAUCGAUCGAAUGGCAAAAUGUCUUUAAAAAGUGAGAUCAAUGAUCGUGAUACGACGAUAAUAGCGCCUUGCAACAAAUUUAUCUAAUAGUGAUUGUUUUGCGCUUAUAAAUAAAGUACCUGUGUCACAUACGUUAGACGUACGCUCGUCACGUGGUGCAGCGUGAAUCUAGGUGUUGCUGCUGCUGCUGUAUAAUAAUAAUAAUAAUAAUAAUAAAAACAAUAAAGGUUAUCCUCUCUUCGUCAUAAUAAAAAAAAAAAAAAAAAAAAACAACAGUGACAGUUCAUACCGCCAGUAUAUUGGAAAAAUAAUAAUUGGAGGUGCGCAUCGGGGAUAAAAAUCAUGACGACGUCGGAUUAAUGACUUAACGAUCGAUCGAGAUACACAAUCUGGACCCCGAAGGCCGCACGAAAUGUUCGGAAAAUCGGGAUUCGUUCGAUGCCUGACGGUCAUCACCUUCGCGAUGAUUCUUCGGGAGCGGACCGCCGAGGCUCACAAUCGGUGUCUCAUGCUCGAUGAGGUGAAACCCAAGCGAGUCGUCCAAGAGGAAGGAAGAUCGCUGGACAUCACGUUCGAAUUAUCGCGUCGUGUAACCCAGCGUCUGGCGACAAGGAUAAUGAAAAUUUAUCUCAUCGAGGUUCUCGGGUACUCCGGCGUAUCCUUAAUAGAGCUGGACGACCGAUUCGAUACCUCCGAAGUGAUCGCGAGACUCUCGGAAAGCAGUAUAAUCGACGAGCAGAGCAUUAUUCCAGAGACCAUGGUAAACAUGGAGGUCUGGGUUCCCUCCACGACCGACAUAUCCUCAUUGCUCGACGGUUACCACACAAAAGAGUGCGGAUCGGUAGCCCCGCCUGGAUAUUUCGGGUGGUUCGUACCGCGUAGACUGUGGAAUUCAUCGUGGAUGGACACGUGGCACACGUUUGCCGGGGGAGAAUCGGCCGAAAAUUUUACGGUCGACGACGAGACGUUGACGAUGAUAAAGAAAGCGGCGAUGAGACCGGAUUCCAACGAUCAUUAUUGCAGCGAAUCGUAUUGCCACGAAGGAAUGUACGUUCCUGAACGUUGCAGAUCACCGUUUGAAAAUUCAUGCGCUCUUAUGCUCGCCGAUAAUCCGGACGUUACGGAAUUCGUCAAGGAGCAAAUAGACGAAUUGAAACUGUUCGUCAAGGUCGUCUGGGUAGGACCAAAUCUUAGAAAUAUAUCCGAAUUUUUGACGGAACGUUAUUCCUAUUCGAACGUAUCCAGAGCGUUCGUUAUACUCCACUGGACGCCCAGCGACGUUAUUCCAAACGAGAAAGACUUCGUUUCCCUGGUCCUCCCGAGGUGCAGACUCCGGGACGAGGACAGCUGCAACUACAACCCCAACAGACUGGUGAAAAUGGUGUGGGCGCGACUCGAGUACGUUGCCAAGUUCGCCUACGAGGCUAUACGCAAAACGUCCUUCACCGAAGAAAUGUACGAGGAGAUGAUAAACCGUUACAACGAACUCCGACUCGGGGGACACCGCGACGUGGAAGUCGAGGAAAGGGUCGCCUGCGACUGGCUCAAGGAUAACAUGGAGUACGCCAUACGUUGGAAACCCAGCAGCAAGGAUAAGACCACUUUGGUGAUAGGGGGGAUAUUUCCCAUGACCGGGCACACUUACAAGGCUCGCUCGAUUCUGACAGCCGCAAGCAUGGCGAAGGAGGCGAUAAACGUGAACAGCACGAUUCUCAGGGAUUAUAAUCUCACGCUUUUCGCCAUGGAUGGAAAGUGCAAACCCGACAUGGUCAUGACAUCCUUCAUACAGUACAUUCUACACCACGCGCCCAGACUGGUGGGAAUUCUGGGACCCGCGUGCUCCGAAACGAUCGAACCACUCAUCGGAGUUUCGAAGCAGUUCAACACGAUGAUCAUAAGCUACAGCGCCGAGGGGUCGAGCUUCGACGACAGGGAGAAAUACCCGAACUUUUUCAGGACCAUCGGAGAGAACAAACAGUACAAACACGUGUAUCUGGAACUACUGCGACAAAUGGAAUGGCGGAGAGUAGCGGCGUUGACCGAAGACGGUCAAAAGUACACCGAGUACAUAUCGCACAUGCAGGAUCAUCUGCAGGAGAACGGUAUCACUUUUGUCGACAACGCUAAAUUCCCGAGGGAACGGGACACCGACGUUCUAAAGAGGUACCUGGAGAACCUGAAGAAAAAACGUGCGAAAAUCAUAAUCGCCGACGUGUACGACGAGGUCGCGAGGCAGGUCAUGUGCGAGGCUUACAAGUUGAAAAUGACUGCCCAAGAGGGUUACGUCUGGUUUUUACCUCUGUGGUUAUUGUCGCGAUGGUGGGACACCGAUUUGUACAACAAAGAUGGCGAGAACGUGUCUUGUCCUACGUCGGAAAUGGCGACGGCGGUGAACGGUUACCUGGGAAUAUCUCACGCUUAUUACGCCCCCGACGACGCCGUUAUGCAGGAGAAUAUAACGGUGCGUCAAUGGCGGGAUCGUUACGAGACCCAAUGUCGCGAACAAGGUCAAGCGCCGUCCGAUUACGCCGGUUACGCGUACGACGCCACUUGGACUUACGCCUACGCGAUGGAUCAGUUGAUGCGAGAGAAUCAGAGCUACGUAUUCGCCCUCCGCAGUCCCGAAACAUCCCACCGUUUGACCGAGAUAAUAAGCAAGACCGAUUUUCACGGGGUCUCCGGAAGGAUAAAGUUCCUGGGCGGUGCCUCGAGAAUAUCGGUGGUCGAAAUCGUCCAGCACAUAAACAACGUGACGAAAAGGGUGGGGCGUUUCUACCCGAAUGUAUCGGAGGUUCGCAACGAGGUGAUCGGGGGUAAUUUGGAGCUGAACGUCUCCGCGAUCGUAUGGCUUGCCGGGGAGAAGCCGAACGACGGUUUUCUACCGGCCCAGAGAUGCGUCCUAGCAAGUUUGGCCGAACUUCUCGAUGUCACCUGUGAAGUCGCGAUCGUCAUCGCCAACAUAAUCGGCUUCGGGUGCCUGAGCGUUUUGCUGAUCGUCGGAUUCGUUGUCGUCAAAAGAAAGUACGACGCGAAGGUCCGUCUUCACGAGAAAUACAUGAAGUCCUUGGGAAUCGACCUCCUUCAGACGGACACAUCCGGUCUGGACAAAUGGGAGAUCCCUCGGGAGUGCGUCGUCAUAAAUCGUAAACUUGGAGAGGGGGCUUUUGGCACGGUUUACGGAGGAGAAGCGUUCUUCGCCGAGAAGGGGUGGUUAGCCGUGGCGGUGAAGACUUUGAAAGUGGGAAGUUCGACGGAGGAGAAACUUGACUUCCUCAGCGAGGUCGAGGUGAUGAAGAGAUUUGAGCACAAAAAUAUCAUCCGACUGCUGGGUGUGUGUAUCAAGUGCGAGCCGGUCUACACCGUGAUGGAGUUCAUGUUGUACGGUGAUCUGAAAACUUAUCUCCUCGCUAGACGGCACCUGGUUAACGACAGAAAUUACGAAGACUCCGAUGAAAUUUCUAGCAAAAAACUGACCGCCAUGGCUCUCGACGUUGCCAGAGCGCUCAGCUACUUGGCACAGCUCAAAUACGUCCACAGAGACAUAGCAUCGCGGAACUGUCUGGUCAACGCUCAACGAGUCGUUAAAUUGGGCGACUUCGGUAUGACCAGGCCGAUGUACGAGAACGACUAUUACAAGUUCAACAGAAAGGGCAUGCUGCCCGUGAGAUGGAUGGCUCCCGAGUCCUUGGGGCUUGGAAUUUUCACCCCAGCAUCGGACGUUUGGUCGUACGGAGUCCUUCUCUACGAGAUUAUAACCUUCGGCAGUUUUCCCUUUCAGGGAUUGAGCAACAACGAGGUCCUGGAGCACGUGAAGUCGGGAAACACGAUCACGAUACCGUCUGGCAUAAAGUCCUCGCUGGAAAACCUGAUUCGUUCUUGCUGGAAAAUCGACCAUAAAUUGCGCCCGAAAGCUCCCGAGAUAGUCGACAUACUCGCCACGAAUCCCCGGCUCAUAUCUCCCUGUCUGGACGUUCCUCUGGCCAGCGUACAACUGGAGCACACCGGGCAAAUCGAUAUGCAGUUGCCCGAGAAAUUCAGAAAAUUAUCGAUGUCCCUCAACAACUCCAACCGCCCCGAAUCCUCGAGGCUCAUUUCGGCAAAAAUUACGGAAACGCCGUUGAUCACCACCUCGGAGGAGGACACUUGUGCCCCGACGCUGUCGCCGGAAAACAAUCGUUCACGAUUUGAGAGGAGCAGCCGGACAAACAGUGAUUUUCUCAGCCCCGGCGCGUUCGAAUUCGGCCACCCGAUUGCGGAUAGCUCCAGACCCCUGCUCCCUAUCUCUCCAGAACCAACCUCUAAAUCUAAAUACGUGAAGUUACAAAAGAUGUCGAGCGAUUGUAAAAAUGAUAACGAACUUUCGGCGAGGUACGUUAAUAUACAGCCGGGAAUUUCACCGAUGGAAAAUAACGACGCUGAAGCGGAAAGCGUUUCAUUUUGCGCCGGCGGAUCGGAAACUACUGACACAAUUGACGAAGCGAUGAAGGCUCCAGGGCAUGAAGCCCAUCGGAUGUCAUUCGUCUGAUCUUACCGUUUUAUUUUCAACAUUGGAACAUCGAGUUCCCGAAACAAAUAAUGUCACUUGUGACCCUGUGCGUUCACGAUUCCGAGACAAAACGCUCCGUGGUGAGUGUAGCGCCGUAACGAAAGGGAGAUCGCCGACUUUUUGUUUGAUAACAGAGUCGAUAUCUCCACUAAAUGUGCCUUGAAAAGGAAUCGAGAAGAACGAAGCGAAGUGAUACGAAGUUCAUUACAGUUCAUUCAUUAAUUUCUCAACAGAGAUCGAUUAAACAUUCCAGUGAAAGUGUGUCUGGUGAAUUUAAUUCAUCGUCAUCAUCAACUCUUAUCGCGUAGAUAUAUAGGAGAACUUUGACGUAUUAUUUAUAAUUGUAUCGGAGUAAUCGUAAAAGAACUGAUGUUACCUUGAGCAAAGACCCCAAGUAUGACGCCGUGCCAACACAUACUUAGUACAAUCUCUAAUGAUUGGCGAUUGCAGUAUUGCGGCAUUUUUAUACCUCGUAUAGUCAUGUUUAUAGUUAAUGUUUUAUGUAAAUAUACUUGUACAGAAAUCCUAGUUAGUAUUUAUAAUUUGUGUAAAAUUUUAAACAAUUUGAAAACCAU